UAAGCGUAUUUGUUUGGUGUCCUUGUUGCUUCCUGGCUUGUCAUUUUCUCCUAUGUCUGACUGAGGUCCCUUCUGAUCAUGUCCACAAACACCAGGAUAGUUCUUAUUUUCGGUGGUUUUAUCACUGCAGUAGCAGCAGCUUUCUACCCUAUAUUCUUCCGGCCGCUCAUGCACAUAGAUGAAUACAAGAAUGAACAAGCAAUAAACAGAACUGGUGUCAUCCAGGAAAACGUACAGCCCCCUGGACUGAAAGUGUGGUCUGAUCCUUUCUCCAGAAAAUAGAGUGGAGCUGUGCCGGUACCCCAGAAAAUGUGUAUAUUGUGUAGCCUGUUUAGUCUUUUGUACAAAGUAUAAAUAUAGCAAACAUUUACAUUUUUGUUUCUUAUCAAGUGGACAGAAAUACAGAGCAUUUAUUCUGAUGUC